ACUGCUCCCUCCGCAUCCUGCAACUGAACUAUUGAGAUGUUUGAAAUGUCAACCAAACCCUUGCCGACGAGCUCCAGCUUUUCGGACAGUUUUCCUCCCAAACACUAGGCGCCAACCAGAACGGAGAUAAACAUAGGUCUCCUAAGCGUGUAUACGUGCCCACACGCCAACAAAAGUGGCUAGGCCAACCAGCACGGGCUGUGGCACCGCGCCGGCCUCCCCAUCGACCUCCCCGCCGGCCUCCACGACCGCCACAGGUCUCACGCGAGGGCCUGUGGGCGAAAAGCGACUUGCUGUUCCGGCGAUGAGAUCUCCCCCACCGUCUUGUUCUGUUACCAGCAUCCAGGCCCUCUCCGAAUAACCCUUUGAUCUUCAUCACCUUCGUUACCUUGGUCUUAAUCACCUUCAUUAUCUGGUCCUAGUCGCCUUCAUUACGUUGACCUUUACCUCCAGCAUGGCGCCCUUGACCGACCUGCCCAAUGAGCUGAUCGAUCAGCUCUGCGGUAACCUUGACGACUGCAGGGACAUCGCGGCCUUCGCCUUAUCCUGUCGUGCCACGCACCCAGUCGCCAAUGCAGCGCUCUACCGCCACGCAUCCAUGCGCCACUCUUAUGUCCUUUGUUGGGCCUGUAAACGAGGGCGCCUUGGCACCGUGGAAAAGCUGCUGGCCUUUGGUACCGACGCGUCUGGUACUUAUCAGCAAUGGCUGAAUACAAGGCAGGAGGUGGGGGAAUACUGCCACCAGGGAAGGGAUCUACAAGACGACUUUGACUGCAAACGCGACUCUGUGCCAGAGUCGUUCUGCCCGGCGUCCGUGGGGCUAUUUUCAAACCGCCGGGCUACCGACCUGGAGAUGUUCGAGCCGGCCGUUCCUAUUGGCGAUGACGCGCCAUUUUGUCCUUCGUCAUGGUGGGACCACGACCCUCAGCUUCCCGCGAUCAGCCUCGAUCGGGACCAGGAGCCUCGCUUCCGUCAGACGACCGAGGACCAAAAGUCAACAUUCACCCCACUUCAUCUAGCUGCAACGGGUGGGCACAUCGCAGUGGCGCGGCUGUUGCUAGACCAUGGAGCCCACAUCGAUGCCCCAGCGCUCCGUAUUUGCAAAUGCGAGCGAUUGCUGCUGUGCCGUCGGAAUCACUUCCACGGCUACUUUGUCCGUUCUGACGGAACCGGGCCUCCGCCAAUCGCAACGACCCCUCUCCACCUGGCGCUCUGCCAGGGGCAGGGCGCCAUGGCCAAGAUGCUCCUCGAAAGGGGCGCCGCUCACGACCUCGACGAUCCGAGAUGGAAGUCCCAUGUCCUGCAUUUGGCGGCCGCACACGGCCAGAUCGAAGUGCUCAAGAUGCUGCUUGCUGGGGACGGCAUCAAGGACAUAAAUAUUCAGGACUGGAACGGCCUUACUCCCUUGUGCUAUGCCUACGUAAACCGUCAGCGGGAGGUGCUUUGCUGGCUGUUGGACCAAAAGGCCGACGUAGACGCUCGGCUCGGGAACGACAUCACGCUGCUUCAUCUUGCCUGCAUCGACGGUGCCUUUUCCAUCGCUAGCCGUCUGGUUGACGCCGGAGCCGACGUCAAAAGGCCUUGCUUCAUCACCAACGCCUGGGGCCCGACGUGGCCGCUAGAGCUGUGCGCGCUGGCCCAUUAUUCAAAGUCGAGCCGCGCAUACGCACGAAACAACAGGGAGCUGCACCGGCACAGGUUUGAACAGCGCAGGCUCGAGCUGAUGCAGAGGUUGCUGGCGGCUGGAGCAUCCCCGCACAACCUCAGGAGGCAAGCAGCUCCUGAAACAGAUCUGUCCAACCCCCACCGCGGCAUCUCGCCCUUGUCGAUUGCCACAGCCCAAAACUGCAUACCCAUGCUCGAGCUCCUCCUCGCGGCAGGAGCUGACCCAGCACAGGAUGGCACCCUGCUCAUCCACGAGGCCAUCUACCCGGAAUGCAUAAGGUGGGAAGCAAGAAGCAGCAGCCCGCUCGAGACACUACAGUGGCUCGUGGCCCAUGGAGUCUCUACAAAGUCCCAGUCGAGGAUAAUGGCUCUUGCAGCAGUCGCGGUUGUGGAGCAGCCGGCGGGCUGCUCCUGGAAAGAAGAAAUCCUCGCGUGGCUCAUUGCCAAUGGUCUCAACCAAGUGUUCAGCGUCAUCAUCCACCGGCGAACCUCCGAGCCCCAGAGACGGGUGCAUCCCUUUACCUUCUUCGAGUGGCUCUCUCACAUAUACCCACGCUCUGUCAUGCGCAGUCUUUCCUUCCCCUCUCCUCUAUCACAUUUUGAUUGCCCUUCCUGCCUGAUACACCAUAACCAUUACGCUCGUGACGUCACGUCGCCCCUUGCCGCAGCAUUGGUGAGCGGGGACCAGAGCAUCUGCCGAAUGCUUAUUGAAACAGAUGCUCUACUCGACAUGUCUGAUGCCUUCCAGUACUUCAUCAACAAUGCGAGGGGUGACUGGCUGCCUAUACGCGAUUGGGACUCGUGGAGGCUCUACAAAUCUAGCACAAGAGAACGGCUCAUGGCAAAGAUGAGACAGAACACCGAGGUAUUGGCCUUGGUCCUUAGGCUCGAUGCUGACUAUCAGAUCAGAGGAGAUGCAAGCACGUUUUUAAACCUUAUACUGCCGAUUGGACUGUACGCCUCCCACAUCCUGAUGGAAGCACCUCUUCCGACACAGAAAGCCCUCUACGACCAGCUCGAGAUGAGUUCGCCCGAGAGAGCCCACAUCGAUGCGAGCGACGACGAGCCGCGCAAACCCCAUGUUGGCGACCUCGCCACGUUCUAUCGCAUACGCGAUCAGCAGCUUCCCGCGGGACCGCAGCCUGUAGCCUGGGACUUGGCCUUCCGGCUGUUGACUGCCAUCCUGGCUCAAAACUGGGAUGCCGCCUACUUUCUCCUGAGCCGUUGCCCCGACCUGUCCUGGACUAAAGGCGGCGACCUGGGGCACUAUGCCCAAAUCAUCUCGGCCCUCAGGCUGGCCCCAUCACCGGAUGUUGUGGGCUUGGAGAACUACCUGUCGCUGAUUAUGAGGUGGUAUCACCGUCCCGCUGGCUUUGCUGCCGAACAAAACGACGAGGACAUCCUCGCGUCGCUCCUGCAACAAGCCUGCGAGGGCAGCAUGGACAUCCGGGGCCACUUCCUCCCCGAAGAUCUCGCCGGCGCCCGCCGUGCACUCGAGCGUCGCCCAUGCCGCAUAGGGACUGUAAACCCGAGCGGGGACGAGUACGGCCGUCCCAGGGCCUUGACAGCCUGGUUCGAGGCUGUCUGCUGCAACCUAGGCCAGAUCGAGGCGAGCCCAGAGGCCCGCGAGGAGGUGCCGCUGAGGCUGCUCCAGCUCCUGAGGGCGGGCGGGCACCCCCGAGACUCCGCCAGCGUGCGCAACCCGUGGAACUUCUUCGUCGCCAAGAAGGAGCCCGCGGCCCGGAAUCCGUGGUUGGGCUCGCACCGCGUCGCAGCAUCGCGGGUCUUUGAGGGGCUGAAGAUCAUAUCUUUAAAUGAGGAUAUUGACGGCUCUAUCGCUAUAGAGCUGGAGCUAGGAGGGGUCCGAGAGAGGUUGAGCUACGAUGCAUAGUUGAAUGGACGGCAUCCUGGCACGCCCACCACAAAAAAGAUGGCAGUUUUACAGGCCCUAUAGACAGAUUAGAUCAAAUUGCUAGUGCUAUAAGCUUUCCUAUGUGGGCUUUCCUAUGUAGACUUUCCUAUUCUAAUUCUUCCUGCUGUUAUUCCUUUUACCAUUCCUAUUUUUAUUCAUAUUUUUAUUCCUAUUUUUGUUUUAGCUUUUAUCCUACUAUUGGCAAGCGGUACCUCCAGCCUCACAGGGGGCUUAACUCCGGAAUAAUGCAAAUGCCGACUUCUGGGGGUAAAUCGAAUUUUUUUUUCCAUGGGAAGGUAGGAG